AAAAUAGAAUCGUCGGCUACUCCAACCAUUGGAUCAAAACGAUCGCCAGAUGCAAACAACGGUGUCGGAUCUGAUGACGGAGGAGCAUCGGAUGUGAAAAAAUCGCGCACAGAAAAGAGUGAUGCCAGUGACUCACCUAAAGUAUCUUCGGCGGCCCCUGCUUCAUCAGCACCAAUUACUACAAACUCAGGAGCAAGUCGAGGUUACUUCCCGGCUCAAAUGCACGUCACGACAGACGAGGUUCGACUGAAAGCUCGUGAGAUGAUUCAGUCAGCCUUAGAGGUUGGAAAGGACAGUUUAGUGUCCGUUCUAUCGUUCGCACCAAAACGUCCAGCCCAGCAGCAUUUUUAUACCCUGAUGCAUGAGUUACAGAGUUGA